UUUAACAAAUAAUAAACUUAAAAAUAAUAAAAAAAGCACAAAAACAUAAAAAAAUAACAUGUAAUAUUAAUAAUAAAGAGAAGAAACAAAUGAAAAUCUAAGAAAAUUGAAAUAAAUAAGAGGCGCUGAUCAUAAAUCAAAUCAAAAUUUCUACUAAUUAUCAUAAUCACCUGAUUAUAAUUCUUCAAAUUUAUUUGCCUGCCCAUAAGGUAUGGGUAUGUCAUAAUAUAUAGGUUCAAGUUCUUUAAGACAUGCUUCAUUAUAUACUACAUUUUCUAAAGCAGAGAGGUUCCCAUAAAAUAAAAUAUCAGAAGCUUAAGCUUCUUAAAAUAUAAACUUGCCUCCUACAAUAACGAAAAAAACUUGCACAUUUGGAUUUGGGACGAAAUAUUUAUAUCCGUAAAAUGUACUCAAAAAUGCAAGAGAUUAUCCUUCUCCAAAUCAUUAUUAAAGAAUAAAAACAUAAGUAAAUACAAAAAUGGGAAAAACUUUUGGAAUACCUUAUAAGUUCUAUAAUAAAACUUAUAUACCUAAAAAUAAUCUUCAGACAGUUGAAUUUGCUAGAGAAUUACCUGGUGUUGGGUAAUAUGAAGUUAUUUAAGGGCCAGGAAAAGAUAAACUUAAAUAUUCUUUAUAUGGAAAAAUAAAAGAAAGAACUUAUUUUUUUUAUAAUUUACUUAAUUGA